UCGACCGGAAGAAAGACGACCGAGACCCACAUUGAUAUCUUCCGAGAUAGGCUAGGUGAAAGCGGAUAGCGAGUCAAGGCAGUCGGCGAUAGAAAGACAAGUGACCAUGUCGCUAUCAGCAGCAAUCGACCAGGAAGCCAAGGACCUGCGAAGGGACUUUGAGCAAAACCACAACACGCGCAAGAAGUCGUCCUUGCCCCCUCUCCCAGCUCCAGCCCCAGACCCGACCACACCUACGAGCCCCGUCUUGGCUCACAGACAGAUGGCUCCCACAACAGGCCCACGCGGCAAAGGCAAACCGGCUUUCCCUGGCGAUCUUGGUCCUGGUGACCCGCGACGCAGCUCGAGAUUGCCAGGCGACCUUGGUCCAGGAGAUCCGCGCCGCAGCAGCAACAGACCCGCCAACUCAGACGGCACUCGCUCCGCAGCCCGCAGUCUGAGUCCCACUCGCGGUGUGAGCACUCUGGCUCCUGGUGACAAGUCGCCCGCCCAGCGCAGACUGUCCGAUGCUGGCUCAAUUCGCCCUCAACUCGGAAACGGCGGUGUGCGCCUGCAAAAGGACUACGACAACGAAUCUGCCAGCAGUGAUGAAGAAAGCAGCGACGAACAAGAUACCGACCACGAGUCGUCGCGAGGCAGAGGUCGCGCUAGAGUUGGCAAUGCCGUAGGCCUCUCUCGCGACGACGAAGACAGCGACGACGAGCCCUCGCCUCCACUAAGCGCUGAUCCCACAAUUACCGUCACUCCACCUUCUUCGGACCAACCCUCGCACACUUCCUCUCGCAGCAAGCCCGACGUCCAUCCCAGUACCGCCUUCGACUUUGCCGCUUCAUCAACCUCUACGCCUGUACACUCCGACGAUGAAGAACAUCUUUCCGACCUGCGCCGUGCCCAACGCCUUUCUCUCAAUAUCUCCCCUAUCCACAGCACUCCCUCGGCACAUCGUGUCAUCCGUCAGAUCAUCCGUGGCGACUAUCUCUACUUUCAGCGUCAAGCUGAAGAAGGCCGUAGGAGGCAAAGAGUUUACCUUGUCGCGACCGAUCUCUCUUCCGAAGCCGAGUAUGCCCUUGAAUGGACCAUUGGUACUGUUCUGCGCGAUGGUGACACCCUCCUGGCCGUCUAUGCAGUUGACGAAGAAGCUGGUACUGGUGGAGUUUCAGAAGGAGUAGAAAUUGGACAUGGAGCCGACGUCGUCAAGGACACGGCUACCAUCGUGCGAUCCAUGACUGCCGAAAGCAUGACCCCGGCGACACUGCCGCGAGACAGCAGCACUGCGAGACUGGCCUUCAGUGAAAGAAAGGACAUGUCAAAGGCUGAGCAGGACCGCUUCCGUGCCGCUGAAGACAUCAGUCAGCGUUGUGUUAAGCUGCUUCGUAAGACUAGACUUCAAGUCCGCGUCGUGGUUGAGGUUUUCCAUUGCAAGAGUCCUAGACAUAUGAUCACUGAGGUGAUCGACUUCCUGUCUCCAACGCUUACUAUCCUUGGAUCGCGAGGUCGCUCCCAACUGAAAGGUGUCUUGCUCGGCUCAUUCAGUAACUAUCUCGUGACAAAGUCCAGCGUGCCAGUCAUGGUUGCCAGAAAACGACUUAGGAAACACUCCAAACAACGCCUCCACAAGGAUGGAUUGCCAGUUGCUCAAGCAGGUGACGGAAGGAUGCGUUAUAUCAGAAUGUCCAACGUCCUCGAGGCACCUGGAACAAAGCCUAGAGCUAGAGGCCUGGCUGGUGCCAAGAUUGAUUGAUCGAGUAAAUUUGCUGAUCAAUUCGGGGUUGAGACUUUACGGAUGCACAUACAAAAUCGACACGAAGUGAUACGCGACCACGACAAAUCAUUAGGCAUUAAUCAAUACUACACUCUCUCAACGCAGCGUACUUUUUUACUCC